AUAUAGCUAAACAACUUUCACCCAAGGUGUUCUGCAUUGUCUGGAAGCACUGAUAAAAUCCUUACGCUGGUAUUGUGGUAUGAUAAAUGUGAAAUUCUGCUAUGGCUCAGGACAUUCAGUCUCGUAAGAAAGUGUUCAAAGACAAAAUACAACUAUCUAUUGACAAAAAUCAGGACAAACUUUUCGCUUUGAGUCAAGAUUUGUGGAACUGUCCUGAACUCGCAUAUGAUGAGAAACAAUCCCACAACAGACUAGUGCGUUUUUUCACUGAAGAUACAUCAUGGUCCGUUGAAAGUAACUAUAAACUAGCAACAGCAUUUUUGGCGACGUGGGGUCCUUCUGGUGGCAGGGAGGGUGACAGUAUUUUGAAUGUAGGCUUUCUUUGCGAGUACGAUGCACUGCCAGGCAUUGGGCAUGCAUGUGGGCACAACCUCAUAGCAGAGGUUGGAGCUGCAGCUGCACUGGGGCUAAAAGAUGCGUUGGAAGGUGAACCAGAUCUUCCCUUCCGUUUGAAGGUCACCGUCAUGGGGACCCCAGCAGAAGAAGAUGGAGGGGGGAAGGUUGACUUGAUCCUUGCUGGAGCGUUUGAAGACAUGGACCUGGUCUUUAUGGCCCACCCUGCUCAGCAAGAUGUAGCCUUUCUGCCCUGUGUGUCCAUCAUAGAUGUGACAGUAAAGUACCAUGGGAAGGCGUCCCAUGCGGCAGCAUACCCCUGGGAAGGGGUGAACGCCUUGGAUGCAGCUGUGCUGGCCUACAGCAACCUGUCUGCCCUGCGGCAGCAGAUAAAGCCUGACUGGAGGCUUCAUGGCAUCAUCAAACAUGGCGGUGUGAAGCCUAACAUCAUCCCGGACUACACCGAGCUGGAGUUCUACCUGCGCACGCCACUCUUCAAAGACCUGGAUGUGCUCAAAGCCAAGGCUGAGGCAUGCUUCAGGUCUGCUGCCAUGGCAACAGGCUGCCAAGUGGAGGUAACCUAUCCACACCAUGCCUACUGCAACAUUCUCCCUAACUCCACACUGGAACAACUGUAUGUAGAGAACGGGAGGGCCUUGGGAGUUCAGUUUGAGGAGGAGCCACACAACUUUUCCGGUUCCACUGACUUUGGGAACGUAUCGUUUGUUGUUCCUGGGAUCCAUCCUUUCUUCUACAUCGGCUCUGAUGCCCUGAACCACACUAAGGAGUACACUACUGCUGCAGGUGCGGAGAAGGCCCAGUUGUACACCCUGAGGACAGCCAAGGCUCUGGCCAUGACUGCAGUAGACGUGAUGUGCUGCCCUGGGCUGCUGCAAAGGGUCAGGGAGGCCUUCAGACAGGCCACGCUGACCCAGGCUACACUGACCCAGGCUACACUGACCCAGGCUACACUGACCCAGGCCACACUGACCCAGGAGGCUGGAGUCAGUGGCAUUGACACUGCCAAGAACCUUCCCUGAAACACUGCUCCACCACUUGUGGAUGGACUUCAUCAUGAAUAAAGAAUACAUUUACAUUUUAAACAUU